AGUUGUGCGACAUGCGUCAUCUUGUUAACUGCGGCAAACAACGGCUUGGCGGUCGCGUUAUUUGUUAAUUAUUUGUCUUUUUUGUACCGUUACCGGCAAAAGUAUUUGUAAAAGUUCCAAACUGAUAUUAAACAGAAGAUGAUAAAUUUCCUAUUUUAUUAAAAUCAAAGGCUUACAUUCCAAGGAUUCCUCGAACAGUAUUUGAACCAUUGCAUUAGACCAAUAAAAGCAAACCACAAUGUCGGGCAAAGCAUAUACAAUGAAGGAAAUGAAGACAAUUGUAGAUUAUCUGGUCAAACAUAAAGUCUACAGUGAAAUAAGAGGAAGAAAAAUGUGGAUGGAAUUUGCCAAUGAUAAGAUUUUAAAUAGGACAUGGCAAAGUCUUAAGGAAACAUUUCUGAAGCGCAUCUUACCUGAUAUUCAUAAUCCAUAUUAUAAACUGAACAUUACACAAAUUGCUAGUUUUAGACAAGGAUGUGAUGUGGAAUUCAAACUGAACAAUAAGCUUGAUGUUGAACCGGUGGAUAAAGACAUCAACAAUGAAAAUGGUCAGCCUGUAGUGAAUGAAGAAGAUAUGAAUGAAGAUGAUAAAGAAGAAGGAGAAGCAGCAGGUGAGGCUUCCAAAAAUCCAAAAUCAGUAGCGGAUAGAACAUCCACAGACACUCUUGUAUUAGAGAAUUGCUAUGAAACUGCUGAGGACAUACAAAAAGAACUUGAACAUGACCAAGAACCGGACCAAGACCAAGAACCUGACCAAGACCAAAAUAAAGAAGAAGGACCAACAUCAACACGUAAAAAAGAAACAUCAGACUUAAUUCAAGAGGUUAUUAAUGAUUUUGACUCAGAUGAGGACAAUGUUGAUGAACUGAAACAAAACAAAAAGGAAGAUAACACUAAUUUGAAUGGUGCUGACAAUGAAAAUAAUUGUACAAUAGAAAUUUCAGAUUCAGAAGAUAAAGACAACAAUUUAAAAAUUGAUGAAGAUGCUGGUAAUGAAAGUCCAGCUUCGUUAAAAAUUGUCGAGGAUUUAUUGGAUAAAAAUCCAUUAGAUAAUGAUGUUUCUGAAGAAAAUCUUAAAAACACAUCUGAUUCUAUUUUAAGUGGUAACAAUAAAGCAAAUGAUGAUAAAUCUGGGCAGACUACUAAAGAACAAGUAGUAGAGGAGAAAAGUGGAACUGUACGGAUUUCCGCAGAGACAGGAAAUAAUAUCAAUACUACAGUUGACACUCAACUGCCAAAUAAUCCAGAAGGACUUGAUAAAAACACUAGCAAAAAUAACACAGCUGACAAAGGUAAAGUCCAGAAACUAUCACUGAAAAAUCAUAAUAAACAAAACAAAAAGAGGGCGACCUCCCAAGAAGCGCCUAAAGUAAAACGCAAAAAGCUGGUACAGCAAAUGUCAGUAUCAGAUACAGAUGCAAUAACAAAUACCGAAAAAAAUUUAGUUAAAAAUAUAAUAUCAAAGAAAAAUAGUAAUACAGCAGAAAAUAACACAGCAAUAGAAGAACAAGUUGUAAGUAAUGAUGCACAAGUUGUGAACCUUGAUUCAAUUUCUGAAGACACCAAGAGUAAGAAUGAUACUGGAAGAAAUGAAAACAGCUCAAGCAAAGUGGAAAUAAGUACAGAAAUGGAAAAGACAAGUGGGAGACAUGAGAACUCGUAUUCAAAGCAACAGUUGCCGUACACAAUUUACAGUGAUUCCGGUAACAGCAUUGAUCACACGGACACCAGCAAGCAGCAGACAAGAACCAGUAAUGUGGAAGAAGCCCAGACAUCUAAAACUGAACAAGUGCUACAUUCAGACUCGAGUGUUGAAGAAGUGCAACUUAAAAAUAAAUCGGCGCUACGACUCAUACAGAAGAAACAACGAAAUAAUGCCCUGUCCCAUGCACUUGGAUUUACUCAUGAUAUCAUCUCUAGUCGAAAAAGGCGUAGAAGUUAUAAUAGAAAGCGAUCGACCUCGCGACAUAAAACACUAAACAUAUCAUCAGGCACAAGCGACUACACUUCGGACACUAUGUCGGAAUUUAUUUCACCACCAAGGGGAAGAAAGAAUAGAGGCACCAGGAAGUUUCUAAAACCAAAAAAUGCGCGAGUACUAUCUUUGGAAGAGGAAGGCGGGCUAUUUGUAAUGCACGGCAAGAAAAUCUACCCAGUUGUUAAAGAUGGCAAGAUUCUUAAGAACUAUCUCAAUUAUACACCUAAUGAUGAAUCAGACAAAGAAGAAUCAUACUGGAAGUUGAAGUAUGUUGAGGAAAAGAAAAAAUCAGACGAACUUGCCAGAUUAUUAAAACAGGCUACAGAUUCAAAUAAGGCGAUAGAAAAUAGCAAUGCUGUGCAGCAAAUGGAAUUAAAAGCUCCACAGACAUCACCAAAAAAGUUUCAACAAGAAGAGGCUAUUGCGUCGACAUCAGGGAUCAAAGCCCCGGAAGAUAAUACUGUUAAGAUUAAAUUAUUCAAAAAUAAUGAGGAGGUACAAUUAGAAGGUCACUGGACACACAUAAACCCAGUGCUGGAACAAGUGGUGCAGAUGUUGAAUAAGAACAGCAAAGAAGAAGACACAAAGCAAAGUGAUCGUCAAAGUGGACCGGCUCAGAGGGUUUCCCCUGAAGCUAUAGUGAUCAGUGGAAUAUCUACACCGGUUGUAAAGAAUGAUAAUGGAAUGAAUAGAGUGAAUCAAAUAGAAAGUGAGAUAUUCAAACAAAUAGAAGAGUUAGAUAAAGCAGAGGCUGGCGAAAUUGAUGCUACUAAUGUGAAGCCCACACAGGAUGUCGCUAAGAGACGAGGGGGUAGACCGAGAAAAAAUCCAGCACCCGAAGAAAAAUCAACAGAAACGCCGAAAAAAGCAAAACUCUCUAUCGAAACUGAGAAAAAGACUGACAGCAAGCCAGAGAUCGGAGUCACCACGCGGCGAAGCAAUAGGACACCUAAAAAAGUGCUCAAUGAAAACACACAAAAGAACAUAGUCAACAACCGAAAAACGUCGCCUCGCAAAGCAAAAGACGCGAACCGUAAUGUCGAACCAGACGAUGACGUCAAAUAUAAGUUUCCAUCUCCAAACAGGCCGAGAGGCAGGAAUGCGAGGAAACCUCGCAACAGUUACGCCAUAGAAACCGCAAGCAAUUACAAUUCCCCCGGCCGUGCUUUGCUUUAUUCUGAAGAUACCUCACAAGGCUACGUAGAUUCAGACUGUAGUCCCAUUAUGUGUUUUAGAAAGAAACGAAGAUGUAGUAUUAGCGACCGUAAACAGAUUAGUCGCAUUCGUAAAAAAUCUAUUUCUUGUUUACAUGACGAUAUGACCAGUGAAUCGAGCAAUUCCUACUUAACUGCUCCCUUAAAAUCGAAAACGUUCACAAAUUCAAGCGUCAGUAGUCACAUAUAUAGGUCAGAAUCCUAUCAGUUGCUUGUGCCUCAAAAGACAAACUCAUCGAAACCCUUAGAAAGAAUUGACGAAUGCAGUCAAAACAUAAGCAAUAAUAAUAUUUGGGAACCGAAUUCAAAUGUAAAAAACAUAAAUAACAAUGACCAGACUUUAAAAAAUUUGAAUGAAUAUAUAGCAAAUGAAUCUAGCAGCAUGUCACUACCUACUUCGCCAGUUCUAUCGAUUGUUGAAAAUAUAUCAGUCAAUAAAAGUUUACUCAGUAGCAUCGACGAACAUUCGUUAAAUGUCGCAGAUAGUGAAAAAAUAACCCUCAAUGAACUAAUGUCACCUGUGGUCGACGUAUCUAUGCCUCUGAUGGAACGUAACUAUACGGUCGAGAAAAUGGGGAUAGAUGGUUCUAAAUACCAUUAUACUAUAAAUCCUAAAAACCCAAUGGUGACUGAAUCUUUUCUUAACAAAGUGUGUACAGUUAAAAUUCAAGAUAUAACCUUGUCAGAUUCCAUAAGUACGAAGCUUCGAAAUAUGUUAAUAGAGAGCGCAAAAAAAUCAGAUAAACAAACUAAAGCAGGGAAUGAACAUGGUGUAGUUACAACUGUGGCUAACGAUGCUGAACCCACGGAAAAAGCAAAAAGAAGUAAAACUAGGAAAAUAUCAUCUACUCCUCGUAAGAGGAAAGCUAUUCCUAAAGCAAAAGCUUCUAACUGUGAACCGUUUGUUGAAGAAGAACACACAGAACAAUGCGCUCAAUUUGGCAGGAAAUCCUGUCCCCCACUUAUUAAUAUUUUUCAAAACAUUGAAAAUAAUCAAGCUGAGCCAGUAGAAAACAAUCUUAACACUGCUAACGCCAAACCUAAAAAAGAGAGGAAAAAGAAAGAUGUUAUAAAAGUUAAAAUUACUAGACCUUCAAGAAAGACAGAUAUUGGAUGCGAGGGAUCUCCCGAAAAUAAUGAAAUUAUACCGAAUAAAAACACCACGAAUGAUGCAGAGUCUGGUAUUUUUCUAGGUAUUAAUGACAGUGUGGAUCUCAUUCAUAAUCAUUCAGAAACUUGUCUCCAGGCUCACGAUUGUAUUAUGAAUAAUAGUGUGGAAAUUGUUCCAAAUUCUAAAUCUAUUAUAUCCAUUGAUUCGAACAGUAUUCAAUCUGAGAGAGAGCAUAGUAGGACUAAAGUAGAUGGUGAAAUGGCUUUGGAGUUGUUGGGAUCUAAUGCUCAGGAUGGUUCCGAUUUAUUUAAAGAUGUAGAUACUUGUAAAUCGAGCAAAGCCGAAAAAGACAACAUAACAGGGAGCGUCCUAAAUACGCCCCACGCCAGUAUAACACCCAAUAGUCUCAUAACUGAAGACCUCUCCGGUGGCAACCCUAGUCCAAGCAAAUGGUAUUUUGUUUCCGACGAAGAAACCACAAAUUAUCCAGAUUUUGAGCCUGAAACAAAUGAUGUAGGUUAUGGUGCUAAUUUAAAUCAAAUAUUCCCAAUUACGUGCGCGGUCCCCAAUUUGUCUACGAUAACAGAAAUGUCAAAGGAUCCUGAUGAGAACACUAAUUCUAAGAAAAAUGAUUUUGAUGAUAACGCUAAAAGUGAAAUAUUCUCGCAAAGUCUUUUUUCUAACCAUUGAAAUGUAUUACUUUAGAUAUUUUUUCUUUGUAUUACCUACUUUGACUGCGCUGCGCGCAAUAGAAUGAAUUAGGAAGUAGAUAAUAAUAAUUAAAAUAUGUAUACAAAAUAAAUAAAACAAAUGGAUAUGAAUAAAUAAUUGAUUAUA